UUACGAGUUUCUGCUUCACCAACCGGUAGCACCACCCCCCCCUCCUCCAUCCUCCCAUCUUGCGCCUUUCAUCCCACCCUCCAAGAGAUGGAGAUGGAGAGGGAGAGAGAUCCCUCCACCCAUACAGCUCUGUAAAAAUUGUGCACUUUGGCACCCUACCGGCACCGGUACCAUGCCGGGACCAGACUCCACGGCCCCGUUCUUCCCCCCUCAUCUCGUCUUCCUGCUGGUCCCCGUUUCCGUCUGAUGCCAAGGACCCCCCCCAUGUACAAGUAUUAUCAUCAUCAUCAUCACAAUCUCCCUGUCCUGUUCAUCUUCGUGUCUGCAGCUGUGGGCGAUUGUAUGUGGCGUGGCGUGUGCGCGUACGUGGUGCGGUCACUUCCAUCUCCCUUUCCUCCUCCCCUUCCCCUUUCCUCUCGCCCAUACCCAACCUGUUCUCCUACCGCGCUCCCUUCCCAUACUCUGCUAGCCAUCAUUGCUCCCUUGCUCCCUUGUUCCCACUUCCUUGUUCCAUCCUCUCGAUAGCAAUCAAGCCUUUCGCCUGUUACUCCUGAUAUACAAGUACUGCCUUGUUUAAAAGCCCUUUUUGCUCACAUUGUGAUUUACUUCACCUGCGCGGACGGGGAACUCCUUGCUGACGUCCUGCUGACGUCUUGGUCUCAUGCCUCGUUAAUCCGGCCUUCGCCCUCUCCCUGAGCGCACCCCUUCUAGGUCGGGUCUGGCCCGGGCUCUUGGUUUUUAACGAACCCCUCUUCCACCCAGUGAAUAUUCCCGUCAAGAAUAUUCCCCGUGAGAUCUGUGCCUCUUAGAGAUGGGCGCUACACAGUCUCUCCCGUCGGAGCAUCGACCGGGAAAUCAGGCCAACACUCUUCCUCCUCGAACUAAGCUCACCAAACCUCGUACGAAUUCCGUCACGGUUUGUUCUCCCUCUUGCUUUGGUUGCGGGAGCGUCUGGAAGACUUGUCCUGCCAAUGGGGGCGGAUUGCGGGGGAGGAAAAGAAAUGCGUUUACUAAGGUCUGGUUUAGUCUCGGGACCAUCCAUACAGGAAUAGAUUCUCUGCCCCACAGGCGAGGGCUGCCUUGCCAGAUGUCACCCAUCGCUUGGGACCGGAAUUCGAGGCGCUGGGGGGUAAAUGUGCUGGAGGUGGGGGAAAUCAUUUAGUCGGAUCGAUUACACUCCCUGUAUACGCCGAUUUUGGAGCAAACGUAGGAUUUCAAGAUCUGGCGGUGACGUGGGUUGGGGGAAACGAACAUUCUACCGGGACUGCAGGCAGCACAGUUAGGCGCUCUAGGGCCAAUAGCAUCGCGGGGUCCUUCACGGUGCGCACCGAACGCGAUGGCACGACUGCUGCUAUUGGAACGGUCAGACGUAGAUCUCAACUUCUGGCUGCCCCACCUGCGACUGCUACUAGGAGAACUAAAUGCCAGAGCCUGACAAUGGAUUACGGGGAUUACGUGGACUACUUCUCCCAAACGCCGUAUGCCCAGACUGCUGAGUUGGAUGCUGGGCGUUGUACAUCACCCUCAGGACGUAGUGUCAUUGGUGCAUUUAAACGAGGGUCCUUGAGAAUCGUGAACGGUGCCGCGUCUCCGGCUCCAUCCUCCGCGCCGGUAUCCCCGAGGAUUUCGGCCGAACAAGAGCCGUCUUGUCAAAGCCCUGCCGCACCUUGUAAGGGCUCAAACCUCGGACCGGCACGAGGAUUGCAUCGAGCCAGGAGCAUGGAGUCGGUAGCCCCUUUCCGUGGGGUUCGUCUGGUGCCUUCAUCGCCAAGGGUUACGGGACAGGGACCUGAGGAUAGGGUUCCGGAGAGUCCUUUCAGUUUCGCCCAGAGUCCGACACUUGAACCGGGCACAAUACCGGACCUAGAUUUAGGUCCCAAUAUGGGGUAUUCGGAUUCCGUCCCCCAAGAGAAUGUCAGUUUCUAUGAUGCGUUUGAGAGAUUACCUAUAUAUGACGAUGACGAUGACGACGAACCUGCUCCACCGCCGGAACGAGAACAAGCAGGUGGAGGUGUCUCCCUACGGUCACGACCAAGCCUCCAAGACUGCGAUGGGUGUAGUGGAGCCGAUUCAGGUUACAGUUCGACGGGGUCGGUGAAUAGUCGCACUACAUGCAAUAGGGCGAAACACGAUGUGAACUCGAUGGCAACGGACAGUGGUCCAUUUUCCCAAGAAGCGAAUGGGGGGUCCAGGAAGGUGUGGGGUGCUAAACAGGGUGUAAGGAGGAAGAAGUCAUUGGCAAGGAGCAUGAUGGCGGCUAUCAGGAGGAGAUGCUCAUAUGGGGACUUCAAAGCGGUACUUAGGGCGGAACCCGUUCCGGAAUUGCUUAACAGCAGACCUGUGGUCAAGGUCAAGAGAUCACUAUCUUUACUUAGACGCCGAAGGAGCACAUCAACAAUUGCCCGGGAUCAGGAUUCAGUAUUGGACGUUCCGACUUCUUUACCGCCAAUCGAGCCAGUUCCGCCGCUACCAGCGAGGUUUGCUAAUGCAGAGUCUUUCGAUCAUGUUGUAACCAAUGAUCAAGGCGUUCACGGCUCAUCAAGUAGACCCGGAACUGGCCACGGGAGGAGGGCAACAAUUGACGGGAAAGUGAGACAAAGAGAUUAUUGCAUAGGCGAUGGGGCACAUAAGAUCCCAAGGAGGGGAAGCAAGAUCACAGGACAGGACUACUACCAGAGAUUUUCUAUUGUAGGAACUAUUUCGUGAGGAUGUUUAUCUCGGAUAUCAGCUGAAGGCGAGAUCACCCCCAUCAUCAUCACACAGGGCUACGACUGCCCCCCCCCCCCUCAAUUUCCUUUACAGUAAUUUAUAUCUUGUUCAAAUCGGAAGGGAAAAAUGAUUCUACUCCUCGCAUAUAUAUAUUUAGGGAUUGGCGAAAGGGUCUUUGUUUCUUUGUUUUUUCUUUGAUUGCUUGUCGCCUUUUUUUUUCUCUCUUAUCAAGGUGUGCGUGUAUAUACGGAGCUGUCCAUUAAAUAUUCAUUUUUUCAUCUGUU